AUGGCGGAACAAACUCGCUCAAUGGAGUCCCGCGUCGGGCGGAAAAACCAACGCUACGGCUCCAAAGGCGAAAGGCUCGUAGCAGGUGUCGUCCCGCUUUCUCAUGACAAAACGCGGGUGCUCAUGAUCCAGUCCGCAGGAAGAGGUGGCUGGGUCCUCCCCAAAGGAGGAUGGGAGACAGAUGAGGCACUCGCGCAGCAAGCCGCUUGCAGAGAGGCUUGGGAAGAGGCCGGUGUUAUUUGCACGGUCCACAAAGAUCUGGGUUUGAUCCCAGAUAUGCGCCCGUCCUCCGUUCUGACGUCGAGUGCCCCCAAGGCCUCGUACCAGUUUUUUGAGGUGACGGUCGAGCGUGAAGAAGACCAGUGGCCAGAGAUGCACAAGCGGAAACGGCAAUGGGUUACUUAUGCACAAGCCGCCGCCGCUCUUGCAAGCCGUCCUGAACUCUUGGAGGCUUUAAAUCGCAGUUCUCUGAAGAGAUAG